UAACCGGGUUUCGGUCUUUAGGGCUGAGCAGGAAGUGCCUGACUGAGGACCCUGGACGAGAAAAAAAAGGCAAAAGAAAUUAAAAAUGGAAAUGGUGGCAGACUUGGGGGCGAGUAGACUCUAUCGGGCGCCGGGUGAAUCAAGUCACCAGCAGCCUCAGAGGUGGUUCAACGCCGCUGACAUCACAGUGGCUCACCAAAGCAGUUUGCUGAAGCAGCUCAACCAGCAGCGCCGCCAGGAGCUAUUCUGUGACUGCAAUGUGCUGGUGGAGGGUCAGCUCUUCAGGGCCCACCGCAACAUCCUGUUCGCCAGCAGCGGCUACUUCCGCAUGCUGCUGUCCCAGGGGCCCGACGACCUGGCCGACUCCAUCGACGCCACGUUCGACGUCUUCAGCCCUGAGACCUUCACCGUCAUCCUGGAUUUCAUCUACUCCGGUCAGCUGGACCUCUCCAGUCACAACGUGAUCGAGGUGAUGUCUGCAGCCAGCUACUUGCAGAUGAACAAUGUCAUCAACUACUGCAAGAACUUCAUCAAAUCCUCCUUGGACAUCAGCGUAAAGGAUGAGGACAGUGAUCGCUGCCUCAGUUUGUCUGAGACCUGCAGUUUCACCAGUGGAGCAGGAGAAGAGACCUCAGAGCAGCAGCAGCAAGGCCCCAGCUCUGUCAGCCCACCACCAGCGCUCUGGACCCGGGACAACUCCAGAUCCCAGUCUAGCUUUAUGGGGAAGGACCUUGACCUGGAGUCACCGGCCUCAGCGCUGAAGACUAACCCGAGCAGCCCUGCUGAUGAUCUCAAUGCAGAAACGGAGGACAUGCAGGACCCUCAGGACCCUUUGUACACCUUGCCUGGAUCAGAGCGCAGGCGAGGUAAAGGUGGAACCAAGAGGAGAGCGUCCAACAGCUCUCGCUCCAACCAACCUGAAGACUUAGACAUCGAGGAGGCGAGGACACAAAAGGCUGAAAAGGCAGAGGAGCUGUAUGCUACUCUUCCACCUAUGUUGGGUGUUAUUGGACACUUAAAUAAAGACUCCAACCCCAUUAUGCGCUUCAAAUGUCCCUUUUGCACACAUACGGUGAAGAGGAAGGCAGACCUGAAGCGUCACUUGCGCUGCCACACUGGAGAGAGGCCUUACCCCUGUCAGGCCUGCAAUAAACGCUUCACUCGCUUGGAGCAUCUUCGUAGCCAUUUUGAGACAAUCCAUCAAGCCAGGAAACUGGUGUGCAGGAAGUGUAAGUGUCAGGUGACGGAGGACACUGGGCAUGUGGUGUGUGAGGGCACACGACGCUACCGCAUGUGCACCGCGUGCGUCCAGGAAGUGGAUUGCGAUGACAUCCCCAUGGACAGUCUAGAUGGCGCCAAUGAGGAGCCGGCCCUUUUGUUAGGGGUGGAUGGGGAGGAAGAGGGGGACAGCAAGAGGAGCUGGAUGGUAACGGAUGACGACGACCUGGCUGAAGACUCGGGGGCCGACCUCAUCAUCCAACAAGUGGACGACAGUGACGAGGAGCUGCAGUGAAAUAGAACCAAAGUCUGUGUUUAUGUGCAGAAGCCUGUGUGAAUAUUGACUGUGUGUAUGUGUGUGUGUGUGUGUGUGUGUGUGUGUGUGUGUGUGUGUGUGUGUGUGUGUGUGUGUGUGUGUGUGUGUGUGUGUGUGUGUGUGUGUACUAAAGCCAUGCAAGAGAAUUUAAGCAUAAAAUAUGUGAUCCAGUAAUGUAAAUACACACAUUUACGAUAUAUUAGUUGUCUAUUAGUUAAAUGCAACUGGUCAAUCUUCACUUUCAAUAAGAUGUUGACCUCUGUGACAAAAUGGAAUGCUUUUUGUUAAGCUUCAUAAAGAUAUGCAGUAUCCAAAGCAUGCACAUUCAGUGUUUCCUUUGCUUCUAUUAUAGUUAACUCUUUCAAAUGUGUUUUUUUCAUAUGCAUGGAAGAACACUUUUGCUUCUUUUUGGGACUCUGCUUUGUUAAAAGCUGUAGUUGAGCAAAACAAAGUGGCAUGGCCAGAAUAAUGACUAUACUGCGAUUUCCCUACUUACAUUAAGGGAAGUCAAGAGAAUACAUUUCCACCAAUGUCACACAUUUGCAGAUUUUUUAUGAUUAUCUUUGAUUAUGAUAUGCACUAUUAUAUAAAACCAAUUAUAAUUUAUUUGUUUGUUUUUUUAACUUUUUGACACAUUAAAAAUAUUUUUAUACA